UGCCGAGUGGCACUGGAACACGCCGGUUAUAUGUAGAAGAGGUGGUCCAAUAUAGGCCAGUCUGUGUGUUUCCUUUGCAGACCGCGUUGGUUUCAUUACUGUGCAGUGUUCAGUGUCUUCUUGCACGGACUUUGAUGAUGGAUCUCCGACUCGUCGCUGCUUCUCUCAUCCUAGCCGCCGUUUUGCCAGCUCUGACUGCGCUGCGGGAUUCUUCAUGUCCAAGAAUCUGCACGACACACGGAUACGGCGAUCCAGUUUGUGGCAGCGACGGCAUUAUCUACCCAAACAUAUGCGAGUUGAGGAAGAAAACCUGCGGCAAAGGAGUCAAACUCUCACCAGAUCCCAAUCUCUGCAAGAGAUCUUCGGGCUCCAAAUGCGAGCACAGGUGCGGGAGCGAGAAGGAUCUGGUGUGCGGCACAGACGGAAGGACGUAUCUGAAUCGGUGUAUGCUGGAGGUGGAAAUAUGCAGGCUGGGAAUUGCGUUGUCGCACUUGGGGCCGUGCAAUAACAUAAGCGCCCACAGGGAGAACUGCCCGGUGGACUGCAAGCAGGCCCCCCAGGAUGGGCCCAUUUGCGGCAGCGACGGCAACGUCUACAAGAGCACUUGCCAGAUGAAACUACUUACAUGCGGACAAGGAGUAGUGCGGACUGACAAGAAAUACUGCCAAACGACACGACAUUGCCGCGAGUCUUGUUGGAGAAACGCGAGACCUACUUGCGGCUCAGAUGGGAAGAUUUAUGCGAACGUUUGUCGAAUGAAGUCGAAGAAUUGCGGCAAACAUGUAUUCGAGGUCCCAAUGGCGUACUGCGCGAGUCAAGAAAGGACAUCGCACAGCUUCGGAUGUCCUCUAGGAUGCGGCAAUGAAAUCGAAAAGCCCAUCUGCGGCUCCGAUGGUUAUGUGUACCGACACGAAUGCGAGAUGAAAUUGCUCAAUUGCGGGUCGAACAGGAGGGUGACGAAAGUCGAUUUCGAGAAGUGCAAAAGCAAGCUGUCCAAAUGCCUCAAGAUGAAGUGCCCCAACGACGUCGACCCCGUUUGUGGGACAGACGCCCGGACUUACACCAAUCAAUGUCAAUUAAAUUUGGCCACGUGUUUGAAAGGGGUUCAGUUUGCUCACGUCGGAAAUUGUACAGCGCUCAAAGAACAAGUUCCAUGCCCUACAAAUUGUGAUAAUGAGAAUGAAGAACCAGUCUGCGGAUCUGAUGGCAAUGUUUACAAGUCAAUGUGCCAUUUGAGGAAGGAGACCUGUGGCCAGCUAGUAACAGAAGUGCCUUUGCACCACUGCCGCACCACCGCCUUGUGCAACGAAAAAUGCCCCGAAGACAAGAAUUUCGUUUGUGGUUCAGAUAACAAAAUCUACAGAAGUGAAUGUGAAAUGAAGCGCGAUAACUGCGGUAAACAUAUAUUUGUCGUGCCAAUGAAGAGAUGUCUAUCUGGAUUCCUGUUUCGAGGAUGUCAAAAAAUCUGUCCGACUUAUUAUGACCCUGUAUGCGGCUCCGACAACAUGACAUACAGCAACACCUGCUUCUUGGAAAUCGAAAAUUGUAGAUCUAGAUCACUUGUUACCAUGAGACAUAUGGGAACGUGCGCUGAACCAAUUAACGAGAUACCGAAAAAUUACUUGUACUGAUUUACUCUCGUUCUUGUUGUUUUUAGGUUCAAUAAAUUUCCGGAUUGUUAGAGAUUAAUUUCGAAUGUUUAUCUAAGUGUGGAGAUUAGUUAGAACUUAUUUAUGAAUUUCUUGCCUGUGUAAAAAUAUCUUUGUAAUAUUUUACUGUUAGGUAUUACAAUUCGCGCGUCUUGCGGUUUUAUUUAUUUAUUUAAGUCUUAAGUUUAUUAAAAUUGUGCCAAUUGCCAAUUUAGCGUAGAAAUACGAGUUUUAUUACUUCUCUUGCGUAAAAUAUUUAUUUAUUAUGGUCCGUAAUUGUAGCCGAGCUGUGUUUUGUAUUUAUUUUAUACGAUAUAUGCAUUUUACAAAUGUAGAAACAAUAAAUUUAGUAUAAAACAA